AUGGCUGAGGCAGUUGCAGCGUUAAGCCUUGCCUCUAACAUCCUCCAGGCCAUCGACUUCGGAUCGAAAUUCGUGUCGACGGCCUGGAAGGUUUAUAAUUCUACUCAUCGCAACCUCGGAAGUCUGGAUAAGAUAUCAUCCCUCAAUGUUCUUAACAACAGUCUCAGCGGUGCUUUGCGGGACAUUCGCACCCAAUCAGGUGACAUUGACUUGACACCUGAGAGCAAUCGAGGAAUCCACAACUUGUCGAAGGAAUGCGCAAUAUUUGUCGAAAACUUGGUGCACAAACUGAAUAAACUUGGCCUUGAAAAUGCUGCUCGAAAGCGGGAUGCUGUCGCCGCAGCAUUCAAGUUGGCGUGGAAACGAGACGAAAUAUACGCUCUUCAAGGCAGCCUCAACGACUUCAGGUCCCAAUUGACUCUGAGCUUGCUUGUUUCCAUGCGGUAUUACGCCAGCCAAUCCCUGAUCCAACAGAAUGCCAUUCUCAAAGGGCUUCAGGAAGCCCAGGAGAGCACUCAAGCCGAGAGAAGUGCCACCAAAAAUAGCUUCAACACUUCGGACCCCUUUGGAACCUCUGUCGUGAACUACGUCACGUGGAAACUCGACCAGAGAGAGAAAGAUCAAACAAGGCAUUUCCUUAAAAAUGAAAUUACUCAUGCCAUACACGAUACCGCAGUAAGCCAUUCGGAGAUACGCCCUUCCGUUGUGGGUAUAACCAUUCCAGAGGAGGCCGGCAAGCGGUGUCUCAGGAUACUACUUGAGAGCCUCCGCUACAGCGGAAUGCGUGAUAGGGAAGAAAGAAUUGCAGAGGCACAUGAGACAACCUUUCAAUGGCUGUUUAAGGAUAGCGAUAGUGUCAAGUGGGCCAGUUUCAAAGAAUGGCUUGAGUCAGACGAAAAGCUAUACUGGAUCACUGGUAAAGCCGGCUCAGGCAAAAGCACCUUGAUGAAGUAUAUCUGCUAUCCGGUCCAAGCUGCACAAGAAAUCGAUCCCGUUCCUCGGUGUCGCAAAUUCUUGGAAACAUGGAGCAGCGGUAAGCAUCUCGUGAUUGCUUCGUUCUACUUCUGGAACUCUGGAAAUCAAACACAAAUGACACAGAGGGGCUUGUUGAUGUCACUUCUACACCAAAUUCUUCAGCAGUGCCCCCAACUCGCAAUUUUGGGGUGCCCGGAGCGAUGGGAGAGUAUCAGCUUGUUCGGCGAAGACCUUUUGGCUUGGGAAGAUCAAGAGCUCCACGACACAUUGCGUCGAGUGACUAAGAACAUCGUCCAAGUUGAUUCAACCAUCGCCCUGUUCGUAGACGGUCUGGACGAAUUCCAAGGCAAGCCUGACGAACUGAUCUCGUUACUCAAGGGCAUCAUCGGCUUCUCAAACAUUAAAUUAUGUGUCGCUAGUCGACCCUGGGUAGAGUUCGAGGACGCAUUCAAGCACAGCCUGAGUCUCAAGCUUGAGCAUCUAACGUACGAUGACAUCAAGAGUUUUGUGACUUCGAAAUUUCAUGGUGAACCUAUGUUUGCACAGCUUCGACGAAGAGAGGAGGAGUUUGCGGACCGGUUGAUCGAGGACAUUGUUGUCAAGGCCGCUGGUGUAUUCCUUUGGGUUACGCUGGUCGUCUCAUCUCUUCUCGCUGGCAUGAGCUUAGGAGAUAGAGUCUCCGACUUCACGAGGAGACUAGACCAAUUACCACCGGAUCUCUCAGAACUCUAUCAAAAGAUUCUAUUGAGCCUGGACGACUUCUACCUCGAUCAUGCGGCGCAGCUCUUCUCUCUCGUCAAAACUAGCUCUGUGCCUUUGAACCUUGUGCUUGCGUCGUUUGUGGACGAAGACGACACCGACUCUGCUCUACAACAACCGUGUCGUCCUCUCUCAGAAGACGAGACGUUGCUGCGUAUGGACACAAUGCGCCGGCGCAUCAAUAGUCGAACUAAAGGUCUGCUCGAAGUCAAAGGCCCCCUCUCGGUCCCCGAAGGUUUCAAAUACGAAAUCGCCGGUAACCACGCCCUAUAUACUGUUCAGUACCUGCAUCGGACAGUGAAGGAUUACAUAGAGAGUGACAAGGCCCGGAUCAUCCUACGGCGCGUUGCAAGAUCUCCCUUUGACCCUCAUCUCAGACUCCUGACCGGCCACGUGGCAUAUAUCAAGAGGCUGGAUCCCACAAGAAUCUCUGCUGUGGAUUUGUGGGAUAACCACCUCGAGGAAUGUUUCAAGCUCGCCAGGACUGUUUCUCCCGAGAGCAUUCCUCAGAUGGUCCUUCUACUGGAUGAAUUGGACAAAGUUGGCCGCGUUACAUUUCAGGCUUUGGCGGCAAGUCGAAGAAAGAAUGAGCAAAUACCGAUACCAGAAUCCGUUUCAUGGGCGUUCAGCAAAAGCCCAUUCUUGCUUCUGGAUCAACAAGGACGCCUUGACCUUUUCCGUUAUACUUUCCUGUCUGUGACGGUGAUCUACAGAGUUGUUGAGUAUGUUCGAGUCAAGGCCGAGGCUCAAUGUCUCACUCAACUCCUAGAGUUCAACCCUACUACUAACGAGAUGUGUUGCCUCGGUAGAUGGCCUCUACUGCUGGAUGCCAUUUGCACUGGGGCCAGGAGCAUGUACUACGGGGCAGCCGGCGAUCCAGACUUCGAUAUUGAUCAGAACCUUAGUAUGAUUCAAUGUUUGCUGGAAAAGCAUGCAGAUCCAAAUAAUCUUGUCGCCCAUCUUCCGGUGGACGGAACCUUGCCUUUGAUUGAAUCCCUAACACAGUUGAUGUUGUGUGACAGCGGCAAGUCGAGGCAUUAUUGGGUGGAAACAACGCGCUUGCUCGGUCGUGCUGGAAGGCUAGACAAGGAAACUCUCGAUCGUGCUCUGGCUGUAUACAUGUGGGUAAAGUCUUUGGAAUUGCCUCGUUUCCGUCUCCAAACCUUUAUGCAAUGGAGUCGUGCCAGGAAGUCCCUGCGGAAAUCUCUCCAGACCCUUGUACAAGGUGGCGAUGCCGACCUCUCACCGGUGAUGGCCGAGUUAGAAAGGCUUGCAGAGCGCCGCUUUCUGCCGCCUAAGCUAUCGAGGGUCCCGCCAGAGAAGCGUUCUGCUUUCUGA